CAAACAAAUUUUGCAGACAGUGAAAACUGCAUACAAUGUCCAGAAGAUCAAUGGCCAAACGAGAAGAAAGACAGAUGCACUCCCAAGAUGAUCGAGUUUCUAUCCUACAAGGAGGACCUGUUGACUUUCAUCUCUGCAUCAGCUUCACUUCUGUUAUGUUUUGUGGCUGGUCUAAUACUAUUAGUGUUUACUUUAUUUUGGGAUACACCAAUAGUCAGAGCUAAUAACAGGAGCCUCAGCUUCAUCCUCCUGUUCUUUAUCAUGUUGAGCUUCCUUUGUGUGUUUUUAUUUCUUGGUCGUCCGGUGGAUAUAACAUGCAUGCUCCGUCAAACUUCUUUUGGAAUCAUCUUCUCGGUGGCUGUAUCAUGUGUGCUGGCCAAGACAUUAAUGGUCUGUAUUGCUUUUAAAGCCACCAAGCCUGGCAGUGCAUGGCACAAAUGGGUUGGAGUCAAGCUGCCCAAUUCCACCGUCAUGUUUUGCUCAUCUAUUCAAGUUAUAAUUAAUAUCUGUUGGUUAGCUAUUUCACCCCCAUUUCAGGAGCAGGAUCUGUACUCUCAAAAAGGAAAAAUCAUCAUACAGUGUAAUGAAGGUUCAGUCAUUGCCUUUUACUCUGUCCUGGGUUAUAUGGGAUUUCUGGCUGCUGUUUGUUUUAUUAUAGCUUUUUUAGCCAGGUCAUUACCGGACAGUUUUAAUGAGGCCAAGUACAUCACCUUCAGCAUGCUGGUGUUCUGCAGUGUUUGGAUUGCAAUGAUCCCGGCAUAUCUGAGCACCAAAGGGAAAUACAUGGUGGCUGUAGAGAUUUUUGCUAUAUUGAUGUCAAGUUUUGGACUUUUAAGCUGUAUUUUUUUUCCCAAAUGCUACAUAAUUCUAUUUAGACCUGAAACGAACACAAAGACAUAUGUGCUCAAGAAUAUGAAUAAAUAAUUAGCGGCCACCUAUCUACUUUUAAGUGUUCAACUUUAACUUUCAAUGUAUUAAUC